AUGUUCCUUCUUCUGGUGCUUUUCACUGAACUUGGCCGGCUGUACGCAGGCCGCGAUUUUCAUGAAACUUUUCUGCAGACUACAGUUCCUGAGAAGAUUUCAUCAUUGGACACAAAAAGAGAUUCAGAAAAUAAUGUUGCUUACAUUAUUACAAUAAAGGGAAGACCAUAUUUUAUCCAUCUCAAAAAGCAAUCAUUUUUAUCUCCAACUUCUGUUGUUUAUUCUUAUGACAAGAAUGACAUUCAACAUACUAAGUCCUUAUUAGUUGAGAUGGAUUGCAAUUACAAUGGAUAUGUUGCGGGUUUUCCAAAUUCUCUUGUGACACUCAACAUUUGUUCAGGACUCAGGGGAACAGUGCAGUUUAAAAACAUCUCAUAUGGAAUUGAACCACUGGAAGCUGUAUCAGGAUUUGUGCACAUGAUUUAUGAAGAAAAAAGUGAUAACACUAAUGUCCCUCUGUUAGGAGACAAUAGCACUUCUGCCUGGUUUAAUGGUUUUCCAUAUCAAGUCAGAAAAAGUUCAGAAAGAAGUGAAUUUACCAAGUUAUUCCCUCGAUAUCUUAAAAUGCAUAUUAUGGUGGAUAAAAAUCUGUUUGAUUACAUGGGCUCUGAUAUAAAGGCUGUAACACAGAAGGUUAUUCAGAUAAUUGGUCUUGUUAACACUAUGCUUACCCAGUUAAAACUGACUGUUGUAAUAUCUUCCAUUGAAAUAUGGUCAAAUAAAAAUAAAAUUUCUACUACAGGGGAUUUCGAUAAUAUAUUAUUUCGACUUUUAGAGUGGAAUUACAAAGAUCUAAACAUGAAGCAAUAUAACAUUGCAUACUUAUUUGCUUUCAGAGAACAGCCUACCUUUAUAGGAAGCACAUAUCCUAGAGAAAUAUGUAAUAAGAAAUACGCUGUUGGAGUUGCUCUGUACAUUGAUGGUUUAUCCUUGGAGUCAUAUGCUGUUAUAAUUGCGCAGUUGCUUGGCCUUAAUUUGGGAUUAACUUAUGACAAUUCUGACAUCUGCUAUUGCUCAGGAGAUGUUUGUACAAUGACACCAGCAGCAGUGUAUUCUAGUGGUAUAAAGGAUUUUAGCACCUGUAGCUUAGAUGACUUUAAAUAUUUUGUUUCACGCAACGGCCUUUCUUGUCUUCAGAACAACCCUUUUGCUAAGCCAGUUUACAGACAACAAACACCAGUAUGUGGCAAUGGAGUGUUGGAAACUGGUGAACAAUGUGAUUGUGGCACUAAAAAAAAUUGUACACAUAAAACAUGCUGUGAUCCUUCACUAUGUAAACUGAAAGGUAAAGCAGUCUGCGGUUCUGGAGAAUGCUGCACACAAGAAUGCAAGGUGAAACCUGUUAAUACAGUUUGUAGGGAAUCAAUUGAUAAAGAAUGUGAUUUUACUGAGUAUUGCACUGGGACUCAUCCAGUAUGUGUGCCUGACACUUAUGUAUAUGAUGGAGAAUACUGUGAUUCUGGUGCAGCUUUCUGUUACAGGGGAAUGUGUCAGAGUUUUGAUAGACAAUGUGAAAAUUUAAUCGGAAAAGGUUCGAAAGGUGGUUCAUUUCCUUGUUUUGAAGAAAUAAAUUCCAGAGGAGAUAGAUUUGGAAACUGUGGUGAAGGAUAUUGUUAUUUUCAUAAUACUCUAUGUGGAAAAUUAGUUUGUACAUGGCCAUUCAGAGAAUUAGUAUCACAUCCAAAUUUAUCUGUGGUUUAUGCACAUGUGAGAGAUGAAACAUGUGUGUCUGCAUAUCUACCCAUACCAAACACUGUUAAAGGAGAAAGCCAAGAAACGUUUGUAGCAGAUGGCUCCAUGUGUGGUCCGGAUAUGUAUUGUUUGGAUAAGCAGUGUAAAGAAGUUAGGUUCCUGGUCAAUUCUACUGCCUGUGAUAGGAUGAGAAAUUGCAAUGGUCAUGGAAUUUGUAACAAUUUUGAUCAUUGCCAUUGUGAGGAAGGGUUUGCACCUCCUGAUUGCUCAAUGAAAAAAGGAGAAUUUGGAAGUCUUGAUGAUGGACAUGAGCAUAAGACUGGUAAGAGUCUUUUGGAGGGAAGACAUGCCACUACUCAAAAUCAGAAGUUGCAACUCAUUCUUUACAUUUCUCUACCUGUGCUUAUUAUUAUUAUCGCUGUUUUAAUAAAACAGAAAAAAAUAAGAGAGCUCUGCUACAGAGAGGAAAGUGAAAGUGAAAGCUCUGUGUCAGAAGAAAGCAACAGUAACAGUAAUUUAUCCCCCAGUGAAAGAGUGUAA